AUGCAUAUACCAGUAGUUUCGCGAAAGCUUUAUAAGGUUAAUGCGAAAAAGCAAGGUUCGUAUGUGUUUCCGGUAUUGGCAAAUGUAUCGGCAGCUACCAAACGUCGAGCUGAAUGGUCAUAUAUCAAAAUAAAUAUUACACAUUCAUAUUCAUCAAAUGAUAAGUCAUCUGAAUUUGAAGAGAAUAAUCCAACUCAGAAACUCUCACCUGAAUUCCAGAAAGCUAUUGCCCAUGGCCCAAGUCUUUCUGAAUUUAUCAAACUAGGCAAUAACAAUCAGUCAACUAAGGAAGAUUUCUUCAGUUCCCCGAGUUCAGUUAAUAAAUCGGGAAAACGUCUCCGUCUUCCAGAAUGGUUAAAGACUGAGAUACCGUGUGGCGGUAGUGUGGCGCGUUUGCAAAAACAGUUACGUUCCCUCAAUUUGCAUACCGUUUGUGAAGAAGCUCGAUGUCCUAAUAUUAGUGAAUGUUGGACUGCGGGAAAGUCUACAGCCGCUACAGCUACAAUUAUGAUAAUGGGUGAUACAUGUACUAGAGGUUGUCGGUUUUGUUCUGUUAAAACUUCACCGAAUCCACCACCUCUUGAUCCAGACGAACCAGUGAACACUGCAGAAGCCAUAAGCAAAUGGGAUGUAGACUAUAUUGUCAUAACAUCAGUUGAUCGUGAUGACUUGGGAGAUGGAGGGGCACGACACAUAGCUAAAACAAUUCGCCAAAUAAAAGUACGUAAACCAUCAAUUAUAGUUGAAUGCUUAGUACCAGAUUUUCAAGGGUGUACAGACUCCAUUCAUACAGUUGUUCGUGCUAGUCCCGAAAUAUAUGCGCAUAAUAUUGAAACUGUGGAGUCACUACAACGCGUUGUGAGGGAUCACCGAGCUGGUUAUAUUCAGUCACUUCGAAGCCUAGAGACUGCAAAAGAACGUAGUAAUAGGCUUGUGUCAUCCGGAGAUGCCGACUUUUUAGUCGUCACAAAAUCCAGUAUUAUGUUGGGUCUUGGUGAGACAGAAAAAGAGGUAAUGAUAGCUCUUAAAGACUUACGUCAGGCUGGAGUUGACUGUGUAACAAUUGGACAAUAUGUACAACCGACUAAGCGUCAUCUAAAAGUUAAAGAAUAUAUUCAUCCAGAUAAAUUUGAUUAUUGGGCGAAAAUUGGCAAUGAUUUGGGAUUUUUAUAUACAGCUAGUGGACCAUUAGUUCGAUCAUCAUAUCGAGCAGGUGAAUAUUAUAUAAAACACAUUAUAGAUCAACGUAAACAGAAAAACAUAUGA